AUGCAGGCGGGAGGAAAGUCCAUGGAGCAGAUGCAAGCGGAGCAGAUGCGCAAGCAGGAGAACGAAGAGAUGAAGAAGCAGAUUCUCACGAGCCUCAUGACGCCCGCGGCCAAGGAGCGCCUGAACCGCAUUGCUAUCGUCAAGCCCGAGAAGGCGCACGCGCUGGAAGAUUUGAUCAUCCAAAUGGCGCAGCGCGGCCAGCUGCCGGGCCAAAUUGACGAGCCCAAGUUCAUUGAGCUCUUGAACCGCACGGGUGCUGCGGAAGAGCAGCAGCGCACCAAAGUCACGAUGAAGAGAAGGACGUAUUUCUCGGACGAAGAAGACGAUGACGACGACGACUUUUAA